CAAUUAAAGAAGACAACGCCCUCUCGUAGCAUCUGUACAAAUCUUCGUAAUAGCCCCCUCAAGCAAUUCCCUAAGAUAAUCCGUAAGGAUGAAUGAUCAACACCCGGCAUCGUUUCGGGGUAAGACCGGAUUUUCCCCGCAUAAUCGGCCUGAUCUCCGAUCUCGAUGGAGUCAUAAAUACGACCCAUCGUGACUUCCAACUGACAUUUUUGUCGCUCGAGUAAUCAAUCUUACUAUCCAUACCCCCUACAAGAAACAUGACAGACUUGAAAAAGACCUACAAAAUCCUGGUUCUCCCAGGCGACGGGAUCGGCCCCGAGGUCAUGACCGAAGCCACGAAAGUCCUCUCCACAUUCAACAGCCCCACCCUCGCAUUCGACCUCCAGGAAGAGCUAAUCGGAGGUGCCAGCAUCGACACCCACGGGCAGUCUGUCACCCAGGCCGUGAAAGACGCUUCCAUUUCUUCCGACGCUGUGCUGUUCGCCGCCGUCGGCGGGCCCAAAUGGGACCAUAUCCGGCGCGGGUUGGACGGGCCCGAGGGCGGCUUGCUGCAGGUGCGCAAGGCCAUGGAUAUUUACGCCAAUCUGCGUCCUUGCUCGGUAGACUCGCCGAGUCGGUCGAUUGCGCGGGAGUAUAGCCCGUUCCGACAGGAUAUCAUUGAAGGGGUGGACUUUGUGGUCGUGCGCGAGAAUUGUGGUGGUGCUUAUUUUGGGAGGAAGGUCGAGCAGGAGGACUAUGCCAUGGACGAGUGGGGAUACUCGACCGCCGAGAUCCAACGCAUCGCUCGCCUCUCCGCGGAGCUGGCCCUGCGACACGACCCCCCCUGGCCGGUUAUUUCGCUCGACAAGGCCAACGUGCUGGCAUCUUCGCGACUCUGGCGACGAGUCGUCGAGGAGACGAUAAAGAAAGAGUAUCCUCAGGUAAAGCUACUGCAUCAGCUCGCAGAUUCCGCGUCCCUGAUCCUGGCCACCAACCCGCGGGCGUUGAACGGUGUCAUCCUGGCGGACAACACCUUCGGCGACAUGAUCUCCGACCAAGCUGGGUCCCUCGUCGGGACACUGGGGGUGCUCCCCAGCGCCAGCCUCGACGGUCUGCCGCAGGCGGGCGAGGAGGGCAAAGUGAGGGGCUUGUAUGAGCCAACCCACGGGUCUGCGCCUACGAUCGCCAACCGGAAUAUCGCGAAUCCCACUGCUAUGAUCCUUUGCGUGGCGCUCAUGUUCCGCUACUCGUUUAACAUGGAGAAAGAAGCUCGCCAGAUCGAAGAGGCUGUGCGCGCUGUUCUGGAUGCUGGAAUCCGCACCUCCGAUCUAGGAGGCAACUCGGGGACCAAGGAGUUUGGCGAUGCAGUGGUUGCAGCACUGCGGGGUGACGUGUCUGGCAAGGCUGCCUCUGCUGCCAGUAAUUAG